GGAGAGGAUCGAGAGGAAAGGAGGAGCAGGAAGAGGAGGAGCAGCGGGAGGAGCAGCAGCACCAACCCCACGCGGUUCCCCCGCUCGGGCCGCGGCUGCCCCGGCUCCGCCGGCAUCGCCCCGGAACCGCCGGAUUUCCCAUCCCCAAACCGUGGCCGGAUGGAGGAGGAGGCUGUGAGGAAGAUGCCCCAGGACACCCAGGCAGACAAGGAGCUGAGGAUGGAGACCAGUGAGAACAAAUCCCCGCAGCUGAACCUCGUGGAAGAGGCUGUUUUGAGUGGCUCCAUGGUGCAGGAAUCCAAUGGGGAGGAAAAGCCAGAGACAUUCCACAUGAGGAGGGUCUGCAACCACAGACUGCAGGGAUCAGAGGAGGAAAGACCCACCCUGGGCUACAGAUGCAGCCAGAGCUCAGAGCUAGAGGUCCAUGAGCUGCAUCACGAUGGGGAGAAACCCCAGAGGUGCUCACAAUGUGGAAAGAGCUUCAGCCAGAGAUCCUACCUGAUCCGCCACCAAAGAAUCCACACGGGGGAACGGCCCUACGAGUGUGGUAAAUGCAAGAAGAGGUUUCAGAGCAGCUCCCAUCUCCUCAGGCACCAGCGGAUUCACACAGACGAGAGGCCCUUCUGCUGUCCCGACUGUGGGAAGGGCUUUAAGAACCACUCUGCCCGUGUCAGCCACCAGCGCAUCCACACCGGGGAGACACCCUACGAGUGUCCCCAGUGUGGGAAGAGCUUCAGAUCAAGCUCCAACCUGAUCGUCCACCAGAGGAGCCACACAGGGGAACGGCCCUAUGAGUGUGGGGAAUGUGGGAGGAGCUUCAGGUCAAGCUCCAACCUCAUCAAACACCGGAGGAUGCACACAGGGGAACGGCCCUACGAGUGUGAGCAGUGUGGGAAGAGGUUUCAGACCAACUCCGACCUCCUCAAGCAUCAAAAGAUUCACACAGGGGAGAGGCCCUUCCGCUGCCAAGACUGUGGGAAGGGCUUCAUUGUCAACUCUGACCUCGUCAAGCACCAGCACAUCCACACCGGGGAGAGGCCCUACGAGUGUGAUAAAUGCAGCAAGAGGUUUCAGACCAGCUCCACGCUCCUCAAGCACCAGCGGGUUCACACGGAUGAGCGGCCCUUCCGCUGCCCCGACUGCGGGAAGGGCUUCAAGCACAACUCCAACCUCGUCAGGCACCGGCGCAUCCACACUGGGGAGAAGCCCUACGAGUGCCCCCAGUGUGGGAAGAGCUUCACCCAGAGUUCUAACUUGACCCAGCACCAACGGAGGCACCGGUAAGGGCAGCCCUGCCAAGUGCCCCCAGUGUGGGAAGAGCUCCAUGCGCUGCUCCAGCUCCAUCCCCCAUGGGAGGAUCCGCACUGGAUGGUCCCCAGUGACUUCGGUGGGCAGAGCCGCAGUGAUCUGUGGUGCUGGUGAUC